AUGACAGGCCCUACCUCCAAAGCCCAGUCAACCAAAGAGGUUGCUCAAGUGGUCGAGGACAGCGCAAGAGUCGCCGAAGCCCACGAUGCAACCCAACAGGAGCAUGAAAUGGGUCUCCUUGAGGCCCUCAGUCUCUAUCCCAAGGGCGUCUUGUGGUCCAUUGUCAUGUCGACCGCCGUCAUCAUGGAAGGCUAUGACACCAAGCUGAUGGGUUCGUUCUACGCCCAGCCAGCCUUCCAAAAGGCAUACGGUGUGGAGGUGAAGCCCGGGUCUUACCAGAUCACGGCACCUUGGCAGGCAGGCCUGGGCAACGGCUCCACCGUCGGUCAACUCAUGGGCCUGCUUGUUGCCGGAUACGCCAGUGAGAGGUUUGGGUUCCGCCGGACCAUGCUCGUCAGCAUGGUCGUCAUUGCCGCCUUCAUCUUCAUCCCUUUCUUCGCGCCCAACAUCGAAGUGCUCGAAGUCGGCCAGGUUCUCUUCGGUAUCCCUUUGGGGUUGUUUCAGACGGUCACUGUCGUCUAUGCUUCCGAGAUCACACCUUUGUGUCUUCGGCCGUAUCUAACCAAUUACGCAUUUGGUCAAAUCAUUGCAACAGGCCUUCUUCGCGGUGUGUUGAGUCGAACCGAUGAGUGGGCUUACCGUAUCCCCUUUGCUGCCCAAUGGGUUUGGCCCGCUAUUUUGAUGCCGGCAAUUUACUUGGCCCCCGAAUCGCCGUGGUGGCUUGUCCGACGUGGCCGGCUCGACCAGGCCAGACGAGAGCUGCAAAGGCUGACGUCUGCAAGGAAUGUGCACUUCGAUCUCGAAAAGAACAUCUCUCUCAUGCUGGUCACCACGGAGCACGAGCGUGCCGUUGACGCGGCGACCUCUUACUGGGCAUGCUUCCGGGGCGUCAACACGCGGAGAACAGUCAUCGCCAUCGGGAUCUACUGCAUCCAGACCCUCAGUGGGAAUCCGCUCCGUGCAUACUCUACCUACUUUCUGCAACAGGCUGGCAUGCCCACUACUCAGGCAUUCAACAUGGCGAUUAUUGGAUACGGAGUCGCCAUCGGCGGCGGGUUCUUCUCGUGGGUUCUUCUACCGCUCUUCGGCCGACGAACGAUCUAUCUCUGGGGCUUGUGCCUGAUGUUCAUCAUCAUGGUCCUGGUUGGGGGGCUUGGCGUUCCUCAAGCCGAGAGCCCGAAGCCUGCGUAUGCUUGGGCCAUCGGAUCCGUCCUGAUCGUCUCUUCCUUCCUCUACAACUGCUCGAUCGGCCCACUGACGAACACGCUCUGCGCCGAGAUCCCUUCCACGCUUCUACGCAGCAAGACCGUUGUCCUGGCUCGUUGGUCGUACACGGUCUCUGGUAUCGUAGCCGGCACUCUGACUCCCUACCAGCUCAACCCUACCGCGUGGAACUGGGCUGCCAAGACCGGCUUCUUCUGGGCGGGAGCUUGCUUGAUCUCUGUCGUGUUCUCCUUCUUUUACGUGCCCGAGUCGAAGGGGAGGACUACGGCAGAGAUGGAUCUCUUGUUUGAGAAGAAGGUGGCCCCACGACGCUUUGCCAAGACACAGGUCAAUUUCAACGAGAUCAUCCCUACCAACAAUAAGGAGGAGAGUGUCUAA